AUGGAGGCCAGAGCGCUCUGGCUGCUGGCGCUGGUCCUGGCCUUGGGGACCUCCAGCUCGUCCGCGCAGUACGUGGGCCUGUUGGAGAGCCAGUGUGCCAUCCCGCCCAAGGACAGGGUGGACUGCGCGUACCCCGAGGUCACCCCCGAGCACUGCAACAACCGGGGCUGCUGCUUCGACUCGAGCAUCCCCGAGGUGCCCUGGUGCUUCAAGCCUCUGCAGGCCACAGAAUGCACAUUCUGA